CGUCAUGGCCUGAUCCCGAAGAUACUUUAUGUGGUCAAUCAAUAAAAAGUGUGGUCAAACUUUUAUGCACUCCACGACAAUAACUCUCGUAUCCGUGGAACUUGGUCAAUAACGCCACGCUUCUGAACUUCUUCUUGGCUGAGUCCACUACGUGUGCCGGCGCCACCAUCGCGAACUACAGUCGGCGAACCAGUGUUGAGGUAACCUGGCACGAGCCGCUGGCUAAAAAAAAAAACGCACACAAAAAAUAAAAUGUCUAGAAUCUUGCGUCUCUUUUCCCCAACUACUACCUUCCUUUCUCUACUAUCUUUUACCUCUCGCUCCUUUAAUAUUCCCUUGCCAUCACUUGGCUCCACCUAUGCGACAUAUCAAAGCCUAUGAGUUUAUAUUCUGGAAUUUGCUGAUAACGGCAGCGCUGGCAAAUGUUACUUUACCAACGCCGUUCGAUACUGGAUACAACUAUGGCCUGACUUCGUCCUGCGAUAAUUUUUUCACGGCUUUCCUCAGUAGUACCUCCUUUCAAGCAUGCCCGUCCUUUGGAUUCUUAUUGACCAAAAGCAAUCAAUUCAACCAAAUUUCGAGAAAUAGCUCAACCUUAACCCCUGUCCUUCAAGGUGUAUGCGCUACGACCUCUGAUCAAUGUGUAUCUUUAAUGAAACAAUAUGCUUCACAAAUGACCGAUUCUAAAAACUGCGGAGCCGAUAUUCAGAGCAAUAAUACCAUUGCUGUAGCUACACUUUACGAUUUCGAGAGUUAUCAACCUAUGCAAAGUGCAGGAUGUCUGCAGGAUACCAAUGGUCAAUAUUGCUAUGCUCAAGCACUAGCAAUGAAUCAAGGUACCUCGAUUUAUUACUUGCCCGUCGGCAGUUCAAUGCCUAAUUCAACCUACACCAAAAUGAAACUUCAGUGCAAUGAUUGUAAUUCGAAGAUCCUCUCCUUGUAUUCCAACUAUUCAACUGUCCAGUCCGAGCCCAUAAUAACAGUGUGGCGUCAAGCACUGACAGUCAUCAAUGAGACGUGUGGAACUGCAUAUCUUCAGUCGGCUGGCAUAACAUAUACUUCGGCAGCUUCUUCUAGUAGUAGUUUUUAUCUUGCUGUCCAUGCUACUUUAAUCAUGUUAAUAGCUUCAAUCCUCUUAUAAAAUGUAAAUCGUAUAUAAAACUAGAUACAGCUGAAUGCACGCUGGGUCAUACACGUUUAAUA